CGGAUCAGGCUUUAGAUUCAGGUAAUGCAUUUAAUACAUAUGUAAGAGAUUAGAGCUGAACGGAGAUCGGUUUUAGAUUCUCAGUACAGACUGCAGCGUGCGUGGUUUACACUCAGAGUACGAUCUAUUUACAUGGCUCUAAGCUAGUUUACGGUACUUAGAGAACUUAAUAGCGAAAGUCGGGGCUUAGUGAAUUAUUUGGUUUAUGUGAUCGGGUUGUUUCUUGUAUUAGAAAACCACAAGUCCUAGUUUGUAGGCGAUUGAGUUUUGGGCGGCAGAGUGCAAGCUUUAUUCUCCUUCUGAAUGUCAUCCUGCUCUCCGGUAUAUGUGCGGUAAUAACAUGUCCGCGCCGCUUCCUGCCAUUGUGCCGGCCGCCCGUAAAGCUACAGCGGCGGUAAUCUUCCUCCAUGGCCUGGGAGAUACAGGGCAUGGCUGGGCUGAAGCUAUGGCUGGGAUCAGGACCCCUUAUGUCAAGUACAUUUGCCCUCACGCUAAUGCCAGUUACCCUUAACAUGAACAUGGCAAUGCCUUCCUGGUUUGAUAUCAUUGGGUUGGGUCCGGAUGCAGAGGAGGAUGAGACUGGGAUUAAAAAAGCUGCAGAAAGCAUAAAUGCUUUGAUUGAUCAGGAGGUAAAGAAUGGAAUUCCAUCUCAUCGCAUCAUAUUGGGCGGCUUUUCUCAGGGUGGUGCACUAUCACUUUAUACGGCUCUUAAAACUCAUCAGAAACUCGCUGGUGUUGUUGCGCUAAGCUGUUGGUUGCCUCUCAGGAACUCUCUCUCAAAGUCAGUGAUUGGCAUUAAUAAGGAAAUACCAGUGCUACAGUGCCAUGGUGAUGCAGAUCCUCUCGUUCCAUUGAUCUUUGGGUGUCUUACAGUAGAGAAACUCAAGACCAUGCUGAAUCCUAACAGCAUCACCUUCAAAACAUAUCCCGGGAUGCCCCACAGCGCCUGCCCAGAGGAAAUGAUGGAUAUAAAACAAUUCAUUGAGAAGCAGUUGCCUCCCAUCGACUAAUCAAUAAUGCCUCUAUGAUCCUUUGUGUUGAUCAGUGGGCACAAGCUCUUUCCAGCUGCUGUCUCAUCAUCAACAAAACAACCAAAUUUAAGUUCAGGACUAAUCCUGAUCUCAAGCCUGGACAGAGCAGUGGUUCUUAUCCCUUCUUCUGGUAUUCCCAAUACUCUGCAUAUUUUGGGUUUUUUUUUCUUGCUUUAACAUGAUUGAAUUAAUCAGCCAAUAAAUCGGCCAUUCCUGAUUUCAUUUAAAGAAGGGAAAAUACUAAUGUCUACAGAGAAUGAGAAAUCUAAAACCAGGGUUUUGGCCCUGCUGGGUUGUGGACUACUGUGGGCUUAAAAGUAUUGACAGAAUUUUUUUGGCAUAGUAUCCAUUGAUGGUGAGCAUGUUUUUCUUUGAGCAUGGGACAUAUCACCUGUCAGAAACAUUUUUUUUAAAUUGGCUGUAAGGCUUGUGUGAUUAUAACAGAGAGUGUUUUUGAUGAAAAAUGAUACACAAUAAAAGAAAUGCUUCCUUGUACCAGCUUUGACAUUGUAUUUGGACGAUGUGCUGUAUAUACAGAUUGCAAAUAUUGCUUUAACACAUUAUAUAUCAUAUAUAUUUAUAAUAUACAGCUCUGGAACAAAAAUAAGAGACCACUGCCCAAUCUCCAUAUUUGAACCCUAUUGAAAACCUCUGGAAUGUCAUCAAGAGGAAGAUGAUGAUCACAAACCACCAAGUAAAACUGAGCUGUUUGCUUUUUUUGUAAAAAGAGUGGUAUAAAGUUCCACAACAGCAAUGUGCAAAACUGGUGGAGAGCAUGGAGCCGAAACACAUGCAAAUCGGGGUUAUUCCACCAAAUACUGAUUUCUUAAUGUUAUUUAGCCAAAGCAUUAACACAACUUGUUUACAAAUGAUUUGCAUUUUGUUUUGAGUUAUUAAAGCUCUGCAGAUACUGCAUGAUCUUGGGUUAUUUUGAUGUGUUGUCAUUUCCUUUAAAUAUACACUCUAAAUAACAAUAGUUAUAUUCUGAAUUUAGGAGAAAUAUUGUCAGCAGUUCACAAAAAAUGAAACAAAACUGUUCAUCUCACCAAUACAUGAACCUGUAAGAAAAACACACAAGAAACUGAUUAUUUUGCAGUGGUCUCUUAUUUUUUUUCAGAGCUGUAUUAAUAAAACAUAAUAUAAUUUAAUAGGAACACCUGUACCCUUGAUUUUUCAUGUAAUAUCCACUCAGUCAUGGGACAUCAUCACAAUAUAC